AUGAGAGACAGGGUGUCCCACAUCAAAUGGAUUGUUUAUAGANCUCCAAGAGAUUGUACUCCAAGAGAUUGUACUCCAAGAGAUUGUACUCCAAGAGAUUGUACUCCAAGAGAUUGUACUCCAAGAGAUUGUACUCCAAGAGAUUGUACUCCAAGAGAUUGUACUCCAAGAGAUUGUACUCCAAGAGAUUGUACUCCAAGAGAUUGUACUCCAAGAGAUUGUACUCCAAGAGAUUGUACUCCAAGAGAUUGUACUCCAAGAGAUUGUACUCCAAGAGAUUGUACUCCAAGAGAUUGUACUCCAAGAGAUUGUACUCCAAGAGAUUGUACUCCAAGAGAUUGUACUCCAAGAGAUUGUACUCCAAGAGAUUGUACUCCAAGAGAUUGUACUCCAAGAGAUUGUACUCCAAGAGAUUGUACUCCAAGAGAUUGUACUCCAAGAGAUUGUACUCCAAGAGAUUGUACUCCAAGAGAUUGUACUCCAAGAGAUUGUACUCCAAGAGAUUGUACUCCAAGAGAUUGUACUCCAAGAGAUUGUACUCCAAGAGAUUGUACUCCAAGAGAUUGUACUCCAAGAGAUUGUACUCCAAGAGAUUGUACUCCAAGAGAUUGUACUCCAAGAGAUUGUACUCCAAGAGAUUGUACUCCAAGAGAUUGUACUCCAAGAGAUUGUACUCCAAGAGAUUGUACUCCAAGAGAUUGUACUCCAAGAGAUUGUACUCCAAGAGAUUGUACUCCAAGAGAUUGUACUCCAAGAGAUUGUACUCCAAGAGAUUGUACUCCAAGAGAUUGUACUCCAAGAGAUUGUAUUCCAAGAGAUUGUACUCCAAGAGAUUUUGCUCCAAGAGAUUUUACUUCAAAAGAUUGUACUCCAAAAGAUUGUUUUAUAAGAGAUUGUGCUCCAAGAGAUUUUACUCCAACAGAUUGUACUCCAAGAGAUAUUGUACUCCAAAGUUAA